AUGUAUUAUUCUCUAUAUGUAUUAUUAAAUCUUGAUGAUGUCUCCUUGCCUAAAAGCGAUAUAAUUAGCUUGCUUAUGCAAGAACGACAUAUAUACUCUGAAUAUUUACAAUUAUCUUACGAAAAAUUUUGUCUUUUUCAUUAA